UACAGAUCACUCCUUCGUUCUUAAGUUCAAAUCACAAAUUCGCUGUGACAAUUGUGUGCUCUUUUUUGACGCCUUGUGCAGUAUGUUAGGCGUUUAUUUAAAAAGUCAUUAAAUUUUCCCCUCUCAGCCUAACUUACACUUUCAUGAUAGAACGUGUACAUCUCCUCGAUUUUAACCCAUAUUUUGUCUUCUACUCGAAAUAUUUUAGAGUAAUGCCCAUUAAUUCUGUGAUAGUCGAGUAAUGAGAGCUUUUGGAACUUUUGCUUACCCUAUUGUAUGUAAAAAUGGUCUUCUAGUUCUUAUUCUGCUCUUGAGAUAAUUUUUGUAUGGUUACAAUGUCCUCUCUCCCUUUUAUUGAUGUUUUUUAGCUUUCGGAGCUUGAAGUGUUAAAAAGUUUCUUCUUAUGAAAUGAAGCUAUUUUUCCUAGUUAUGCUCUGUGCUAUUCUGGACAGUUAAUCCUUCGAUUGUGCGUGUAAUUACUAUUUUCCCCCCUCAAGAAUUGACCCUUAGUUAUCUACCCUGCUAAUAUUUGAAUAAAGACCAUUCACCGAGUACUUUCAGAUUCGUUAUUUUGAUGAGACACUAAGUACACGAAGCUUAACUCAUGGUGAUCACCCCAAGGUUUUGGGCCAAAGUUCUCCUUCUUUAUUUUGCUUUGUUGCAUUUCUUUAGAAGUUGAAAUAUGUGGUUGAAGAAUUAAACAAUCCGGUUCAAAAAUUGUUGUUCUUAAAGCAGUCAAUACAGUGGAUACGUUGACGCGAAGUAAAAUUUCUAACUUUAUUUUCUUAGAUGUCUCAUCAAAUUGAUUGACCUGAAUUCAAACUUCGAAGGUGCCCAAGUGAGGAAAUGAAGAAGAAGCGAUGACAAUCUGUGAGCCAGGCAAGAGCAAACUGAUGGCGGACAUCCUACCGCCCGAUAUGCAACCGGACCAAAACCAGGGCCCCAAACCGCCGGAGCCAGACGUCAUCUCAGUUAAACCGUUUCACGUUCAAAUCGUUUGGUUCAACGCUGUUGGAUUUUUAGUUCUCUACGUUACCACUGUUUACGGCCUCUACCAGGCUUGCUUUUCAUCCAAAGGCGCCACUUUAUUGUGGACUUUUGUUUUGAUGGGCUAUGCUGGAUUUUCAACUACAAUUGGAGCACAUCGGCUCUUCACGCAUCGGUCUUUCAAAGCCACAACAAGUCUGGUUGUCAUUCUCAUAAUUGGCCAAACUCUUGCUGGACAGAAUUGUUUAUGGGUUUGGGUGCGAGAUCAUCGGCAACAUCAUAAGUUUAGCGACACAGACGCCGACCCGCACAACUCAAAACGUGGCUUUUUCUUCUCGCAUGUUGGCUGGCUCAUGAUGAAAAAACAUCCUAUGGUCAUCGAAAAAGGUCGCACCAUCGACAUGACGGACAUGAGCAGCGAUCCGUUUGUCAUGUUUCAAAAAAGGUUUUACAAGUCGCUGUUCACGUUGUUCGGUGUUCUCAUUCCAGUUGCUGUUCCUUGGUAUUUGUGGAAUGAAACACUGUUCAACUGUUUCAUUAUUGCACUGAUCGUUCGCUUAUGGGUGACCAAUAACAUCGUCUGGCUUGUUAACAGUUGGGCACACUGGAGCGGCACCAAACCUUACGAUAGGAAAAUCGCUGCCGUGGAGUCGUUCUGGGUGUCGCUGCUGUGCCUGGGCGAGGGGUGGCACAACUACCACCACGCUUUCCCGUGGGACUACCGCACCUCGGAGGCAGGCGCUUGGCCCAACGCUUCGACCCGCGUCAUCGACUGGCUCCAGCAACUCGGACUCGCCUACGACCUCAAGGCCGCCACGGACAGGAUGGUCGCCCGCAAGAUGCUCCGCGACGGAGACGGGAGCCACCCCCUGGCCGACCUCCCACUCGAGAUGGUCAUCAAGUACAUGGGCAACCGGGGGAAGACACCGGAGGAGAUCCUUACCGAGAGGGAGGAGGACUCCAUACCGCAGCUCCUCCAUGCAGAAGCGGAUCCAGCAAUUCGGCAACACUCGGGUCCCUCCAUUUGAGCCUAUGUUAAAUAAUCGAUUCUUGUCGAUGCACCUGCUUCCUCCUAGAAUCGAUGCAUUUCCGUAGGUUUAAAUGGAGAAAACAGUAUUGCCAAAUUGCUGGAUCCGCAAAUGCCUCGAUGAAGGGUUACUCAUGGGCGGACACCCUUGUUAGCCGGACUGAAGUGCUGGAUACACCUGCGAGCAAGACGCGCGUGUUGAGUGGCGAGUGGGCCUUAGGCCGUGUUUGGCAAUCUCCGGAGCCACUGAGGUUCCUAUUCGCCGCUCGUAACUCACUCGAAGUAGCAUUGGGUCCCCUUUUUUCGCGUCUAGCAAGCAGGUGUACGGUGUAUCUGGUGCCUCAAGGUGUGGGAUGUCUGAUGGAGUAAGGUAGACGAAAGCGCGUUGGACAUUGUGGGAAGGUAAAGGACAAAAGGAAAGGGAGAGUACCGAGAAGAAGAAAAUGAUGAAGAGGAAUUGGGAAAAGGAAAGGAUUAGGGACAGGGAGGAGAAGAGGAGGAGGACGAAGAAGAAUAGGGAUAAGAAAUUCAGAAAAAUGUGAAAACUCCCCGUCAUUAAAGCAUCGUUACAUUAAAUUAUUGCAUCCCACUUCAGACUCAUAUUGAAUCAAAAAAAAUCAUCUGUUAAAAUAUAGAAAUUCAAAAUUGUAUUUUUGUUUGUCAUACGUGCACUGCAAACCUGUAUAAUAAAAUCCUGUGAUGAGUCAGGACUACCUAUGCA